AUGUCAGCUGUACCUCCAAUCUUCUUCAAAGUGGCCAAUUUGACCGUCGGAUCCCUAUGUCUGGUCGCUUCAGUGUCUCAGCUGUCCUAUAUCGCUGUCAACUUUAAUGCCUUCCUGUUGGCGAUCUUUGGUAUCGCAUUGUCCGCUCCAAUCAUAUAUCUGGAGUUCAAGGUCCCGCCAAACCUGUACAAAUUUGCCUCGUUUUAUUUCAGCUUCCUUGGGAGAGGCUUGGCCUACAUCUUGCUGAGCUUCCUGAUCAAUUUUGGUGGCAUCUUCAAGAUCCUCACCACGCUACUGACUUUCUUGCUGGGGGUGAUCUAUGCCAUAUUUCAGGUGCUACCCCAGAUCGAGGAGCCUGCAAACUUCAGAGGCGAAGCAGCCCCCAUUGCGAUGGGCGGGGACGACGACGACGAUAUUAUCUAA